CCUAACCACCGGAAAUGUCAACAAAACAACAAACGUCAAAAAUCUGUGUUUGGGAAGUUUGAAAUUUCCAGUGAACCCCAUAAUUUAUUUUGCAUAAAAUUAUAAUGUAGGCAUAAUUCUUGAUAUAGGACAAAAUAAAAUAGUUAAAACAAUAAAAUGGAAAGUGGCGUCACGAAAGAGUUUACGCAUAUAGUUGCAGAAAGCACCGAAGCCCAAAAUCCUGGAAACACGGAUUCUACAGACACAUUUCAGUCAUUUAUAUACGAAUUAUUUGAAAAGAAUGGCAUCCUUAACGACUUACGAGCUUACUUACGUGGUCAUAUCGUCAAUGUUUUAAAAAGUGCUCAAACUGGUGACCCUCCCGCCUGCCAGAAGAAUUUCACACAACGUCUUGAACUUGCAUAUCAAGCCCUGAACAUUCUAAUAGCAGAGUAUUUACUCCGCUUAGAAUUCAGUUACAGUUUUUCAGUGUUUGUGUCUGAAAUACCCUUGGCUAACAUGGUAUUUGGGUUUGCUAAGAACUUGUUGAAGAGAACAGAUGAGAAUAACUUGGACAUUAGGUUCAAAGACAAUGACGUGUGGUCUAUACUUAAUUAUUUAGGAAUGCAGUGUGAUUCUGAACAUGCCUCAAACAUAGUGGAAAUGUACAGAAACGAGGAACAGAACCCUUUGUUACUAUGUAUAUUGAAAUGUUUGCCUGUGUAUAAGUUGGCUACCGGUAUUGAUCAAGUGAUAACAUCUGAAGAAUCACUGUCGUCGGCUAAAAGUAUUGAGAGCAUGGAGAGCAGGUCUAUAAAGAAGUCUUCGUUGCCAGACAGAUGUAGACACUAUGAAUAUUGUAAGACGUGUCAGAAUAGAACGUUCAGGCUCAAGGAGAAGUAUAAGCAGAAAAAGAAAGGGGUGGAGAAGAGAACAAAGGAUAAUAAUGGUCCCCAAAACAUGGAUGGCUUGAUAAAGAACAUCAGUGCUAUGGAAAGGAAUCUUAUUGAUGAGAUGUUCCAGCAAUUGAAAUCAGUUUACGAGACUGAAGUGGAAAUGGUAAAGGUUGAAGAGGAGAAGAAGGUUAAGCGGUCGAUGGCGACACACGCGCUACAACUGCAGAAGAGGCGAGAUGAGAUGGAAGAGAACUUCAAAGCUCGCGAGGCUGAGUUGGAACGCAGCGUGCAACAGAAGAAGCGGUUCUUGUGGGGGCUGGCGCGCUCCCUGCGCGACCAGCACGAGCACAUGACGCGCGCCAUGCGGGACGUGCGCCAGGAGACACAGCGGCUGUCCCUCAAGGAGCACAGUCUAAAAGCCCAACUGGCUGAAGCGGAAGAAAUUCUAAGAAAACGCGGUGAGGAGAUGCGACAGCAAAUAUCUAACGAACUCGUGAUUCUAGAAGGUCAUUUAGAAUCAAUGAAGAAAGAAAGAGACAACAUCACUAGGGAGAGAGCUGAAUUGGAAAACAUGAAGGCCAUUGAAGAGGAUCCAGAAAAAGCGAUUAAAGUUCACAAAAUGGACAGCGACCACGUCGAUUCACAUUACGAUCUACUCAGAAACGAGUUAGCAAUCCUCAAGAAAUAUCUAGAAUCUACGAAAAUAACCCCGAAGUGCGUCAUAGAGAGAGCAACGGGUACGGAACCCAGUGAAGUGAGUCCGGUGGCAUUCCCUCUGAACAAUUGCCAGGCCGCUGAGAAACCCUCGAAAAGCGAUGAUAUGGAUGACAGGGUAAAGGCAAACCAGGUUGUCAAUGAUUUUAAGAAGAAGAAUGUUAAUUUUAGUCAGUCGCAUUUGGACGAACUAUAUCACGAGCGAAGCCGCGACCGCAGUCGUUCAUCCGGGUCGAGCGAGGCCGGUGACAAUGUACCCGCUGACCUUGACCUCGACCGGAACCGGGACCGUGACCUCAUUCAGCGGCUCAGAGACGAGAACGAUAGACUUAGAGCAUUUGCUUUACAGCACCACCCGACCCUCGCCCAGCGGUCGGAGGUGUCACAGAACUCGAGCCGGCCUUGCACGGCGCCCCCUGUACCCGUGCCGCCGCCACUGCUAUACCCCGCAACGACUGCUAGUGCAAGCACAGUGAACGUAGGCUGGCGUAAGGGUGCGGGGGAAGAGCUGAGCGUGUUCAGCAACGCGCAGCCGCGGAUCAUGGUGCCCGGAGACACGCUGCCCUUCAUAGGGGUACUGCGGGACCGACACGGGACCGCGCGCAGACCAUUGGUGACCCAGUGUCGCUUGGACCGCACUCGCGCUUGGCCGCUCACCGGCGGCGUCACCAAGCGUGGGACCUCACCACACAGGGAUAGACUGUCACUCGGACCAGGCACUACCAGUAUAAUGCUGACCCCCAACUCCCGCUAUCCGGUUGCGUCGUGCUCCCUACAGCCAGAGGAUACCGCCUAUCACUCUAUACGUGAGAGAAUAAAUCAAAAGACUCGGCCAGCCCUGAGCUUGGAGAUCAAUCGCAACAGAGAGAAGAGUCCCAAGACUGUGCUUAGAGAGGCCAAGGAGAAUCUGCGGAAUAAAGACUUAGCCCAGCGUGAAGAGCCACCGGCGAGCCGCGACAAGAGCCCCAACUCGGUUCUCCGCGAGGCCAAGCUCAGGCUUCGGAAGCUGGAGAUAGAGGCCGAGGCCGUCGAGAAGUCCUACCUGGACUUCCGCAGGCGCCAGUCCGAGCUCAGGCUCGAGAGGAUCAGGACUCACUCCAGGAUCAACGAGGACAUCGCUAUUAAGGAGCCAGUUAGGAAUAUAGAAGUAAAACGAAGCAAAUCAUUAGAGAAACUCGAAGAACCUACGAGGGAUGAAAUAGCAGCGCAAUACGAAGACCUACACAAGAGCAUGCGGCGAGACUUCGACAAGUACCUGCGCGAGUACGAGAACAAGUUCGACAUCGGAGAGCUACGCUUCAGGAACAAGACGACCGUCGCCGAGAAGAUCAAACCCAUCCCAAUGGCGUUCUCCAAUGUCGACAAGGAACCAGAACGCGUCGAAAUACGUGACAACUACCUAGAAACACCCCUCACCGAGUUCAGGAAACUAUACACCUGCGCCAGACAAGCACAUCGAGACGACAGCGAAACUAAAUCCAACCCGAAAAGCAUGUCAGGUAACACCAGCAUCAGCAGCGUCAAGAACGACUUCGAGUACGAACCCUCGCUCAGACACGACGCGCUACGGAAAGCGAAACACGACAAGCAGGCCCAACUAGAGAUACUCAAACAGAAUAUUAAUAAAAUGUACAACUUGCCAAGCAACGCCGAACCCGAAAUUGAUGAUCCGACCAACGACUGUACUAGCGUAAGGAACGAGAACAUACUGAGAGUGGAAGUGGAAAGCAUCAGCGAAAUUAACGACAUCAAGUCUCAAGCGCAGGAGAUAUUAUUAGUCGUUCAGAGUUCUGUAGACGCGAGGCAGGUGCACCUGGCCGCUACGGGGACGCCCUCUCCCGGCGAGUCCCCCUCCGCUCCGAUGACCAUCAUCGUCAGCCCCAAGAGAAGCCAACCUGACGACGAAAAUGUCUCCUUAAAGUCUGACCGACCCAAAAGAAGUUUAUCACCAGAACAAGAAGCAAAUCUCACAAAGAACAACGUCCUCGAUGCGAUAUUCCACGCCGACCCCAACAACCAAAUCUCCAGCGUUCAGAUGCAACUGGAACUUUCGAAGGAAGUUCUGGAAGAUUCCAUCAGCGAGUACGAGAAAGGGGAAGAGUAUCCCUAUGAUUUUUCCGCAGACGUGGACAAUUACAACAGUCGUUCGGAAUUCGAGAACUCGCCGAUAUCACUCCCCAAUGCGUCCGAAAACGACAACUUUUGGGACUCGUAGUAUCUAGUUGAAUGAGUCAGCUGUUUACAAUGCCUUCAAAAAAUAAUAUUUAAAUUUCCAGUACUUGACGAGCCUUCGGUUUAUUCGUUCGUUUAAUAUUGGCAGUGUCCGCAUAAAAUUUAUACAGUAGGGCGGCAAAUUUUAGUUGAUAGUUACGAAACGGAUUGAGACCCUCGGAAGUAUAACGCAAUGCAAUGCACUGCGACUUGUUACUGGACGUGAAAUAAUCAACUUGAGGUUUUGUUAUUUCUGCUGACUCGUAAUUCGUCCAAAGUUUGAGUGUCGAAAAUACAAAUAAUUUAUUGUAGCGGUAAUUUAUUCAAGUAAAUAAAAACAACAGUAAAAAGAA